GCAGUAGGCCUGACAUAAAAAAAAGGAUCAAACUUCUGAAAGGCAGCAGUGGGUGGCUCACAAUUCAGACUGUAUAAAUUUCCAAGGGCUCAGCCAGUAUGUCUACAUACAGCUGGAAAGCUGUAUUACUAUUGGUGCUGAAACUCAAAAGACAAUACUGGUUUCACAAUGGGCUCCAUCGGUCCACUAAGCGCGGAGUUUUGUUGUGAUGUAUUCAAGGAGCUAAGAAUCCAGCAUGCCCGGGAGAACAUCUUCUACUCCCCUGUGACCAUCAUUUCAGCUCUGUCCAUGGUCUACCUAGGUGCAAGAGACAACACCAAGGCUCAGAUAGAAAAGGCUGUUCACUUCGAUAAAAUCCCAGGAUUUGGAGACAGUAUUGAAUCUCAGUGCGGCACAUCUCUGAGCAUCCACACUUCACUUAAAGACAUAUUCACCCAAAUCACCAAACCAAGUGACAAUUAUACAGUUGGCAUUGCCAGUAGACUUUAUGCUGAAGAGAAGUACCCAAUCCUGCCGGAAUACUUACAAUGUAUUAAGGAACUGUAUAAGGGAGGCUUGGAACCUAUCAGCUUUCAAACAGCUGCAGAACAAGCCAGAGAGCUCAUAAAUUCCUGGGUUGAAAGUCAGACAAAUGGAAUGAUCAAAAAUAUCCUUCAACCAAGCUCUGUGAAUCCAGAGACUGAUAUGGUCCUUGUCAAUGCCAUUUACUUCAAAGGACUGUGGGAGAAAGCAUUUAAGGAUGAAGGCACCCAGACAGUGCCAUUCAGAAUUACUGAGCAAGAAAGCAAACCCGUGCAGAUGAUGUUCCAGAUUGGUUCAUUUAGAGUAGCAGAGAUUACUUCUGAGAAAAUUAGGAUCCUGGAGCUUCCAUAUGCCAGUGGGCAGCUGAGCCUCUGGGUGCUGUUGCCUGAUGACAUCUCUGGCCUGGAGAAGCUUGAGACUGCAAUCACCUUUGAAAAUCUCAAGGAGUGGACCAGUUCUACUAAGAUGGAAGAAAGGAAAAUUAAAGUUUAUCUCCCUCGCAUGAAGAUCGAGGAAAAAUAUAACCUUACAUCUGUAUUAACGUCCUUGGGUAUCAUCGACCUGUUCAGCUCAUCAGCCAAUCUCUCUGGUAUCUCUUCAGCAGAGAGACUGAAGGUGUCUUCAGCCUUCCAUGAGGCGUCUAUGGAAAUCUAUGAAGCAGGCAGUAAGGUGGUAGGCUCAACAGGAGCUGGGGUGGAUGAUACAAGUGUCUCUGAAGAGUUUAGGGUUGACCGCCCUUUCCUUUUCUUGAUCAAGCACAACCCAAGCAACAGUAUCUUCUUCUUUGGCAGAUGCUUUUCACCUUAAAGAUAGGGAAGCUGAAAGAGUUUCUGUCUCUCAUAGCAAGAUCCAAAAUGCUGCAUUGUCAAGGGUAAAAAGAAACACAUACUCUCUCUUUCAUCCAUAUUUUCUAAAACCAGAAGGCUUUAUUUAAAAAAAAAAAAAAAGAAAAAAAAAAGAAGUUAGGGUAGAGAAAUUAUGCCAUGAAAACAGAGGCCCUUCGCCUUUCCUUCCUGCAGAGGAAGGAUUACUUACUUAUGCAUGAAGAGUUAAUGGAAUGAAAAUUGGACCCAAAGAAAGUAUGAGCAUGAACAGAGAUGUUUCUGGUGCAAGUUAACGAUAAUAGUGCCGAAUCAUCACACUGAGAAAACACAACCCACUUUAUCAGCUGAAGUUUUAUGGGGGAAAAAAAAAAAUGCAUCCUUCUAAUUAAGCCAGGUUUCUCUAUGAACAAAUUUUGUGGUGACUUCUCUGGAAUAGUCACCGGAAAGUUCCCAGAUUAAACUCUAAACUAUCAUACCAGUAGGUAUGGUUGGUACCAUACCUACUCUGACAAAGUAAUUGAUUUUAUUUUCUGUUCCUGAUCCUGCAAGGCUCUUCCUCACUUUCUGAAGAUCCAUUAUAGGAAUCUUAUAAUUCAUAUUUCUCCUUAAAUCUUUUUGGCUUAAUAAUCAUGACCAAAUAUGGCAGGGUGCUGUUCAAA